AUGAAAACUGAAACAGAGAGACACAAAACUCAAACCUUUAGUUCAAAACAAUGGACCGAGGGGGACGACCAAAUCCUCUUAAACGCCCUUGCUCGUCAUAGUGACAACUGGGAACUCAUAGCCAAGCGGUAUUUCCCAAGAGUACGCACCCCUGCUGACCUAAUAAGCAGAUAUGAUUGGCUUCUCGCUCUUGACAUAGCCGCAGACGCCCCCCCUUCGGGCGCUAAGUGGACCGAGAAAGAAAUGCAAGCACUUUGUGCUGCUGUACAAAUACAUGGUACAAACUGGAACUACAUUACAAACAAUAUAUUCCGAGCUCGUCGGACUGAGAACGCUUUACGUUAUAAAUGGUCCGAACUUUCUUCCGAUAAAUCGUUGAAAAACCCGGACGAAUGGACCGAAGAGGAGAUCAAAACACUUCUAGUGGCGGUCAGUAGAGUCGGCACAGAUUGGGAUUUAAUAUUACGCGAGUAUUUUCAUUCAACACGAGAUCGACAUUCCGUGGCGAAAAAAUGGAAUUAUAUUUUGUGGAAACGUAAGGUAAAUCUCCAUGGCCUUGAUAUCAAUUCGUUGCCGCCAUCUAAAGGUAAAGCCAUUGCACGGAGGCUACUCGAGCGUCUUGGCUAUAAAGACAAACAAAAGAAGAAGACUGCAGGGGCAGACAAGUCGAAGGUGACUAAACCAUCAGUGAAGCCUUCUGUUUCGGCGAGAUGGACAGACAGCGAUAUCAAGAAACUUCGUGCGGCAGUCACAAAAUAUGGGACAGUCUGGGACGCAAUCGUCCACGAAUGCUUUCCGCACAGAACCCCCGAAGCAGUCCGAAAAAGAUGGAAUAUGGUAUGCAGUGAACGAAAAAAGGUUAAGGCUGAUACGGCCAGCAAAUCAAGAUCUGCUUCCCUGAGAGUGACUAGACAUUCUUGGAAACCAGCUGAUAUCAGAAAAUUACGUGCAGCCGUGGCGAAACACGGUGAAAAUGAGUGGCAACUUGUUUCAACAAAAUAUUUUAACUCUCUGCGAAGUCCAGAGGCGGCUAAGCGCAAGUGGCGCGAAAUUAUGCAAACGAAUGUAGAGCUUAGCGAUUCUUCAGAGAGUAGUGUACAGUACCCAUCCAGUGAUGACGACACCUCUUCCGACUUCUCGAUCUCUUCGCAGAGACCCUGGACGGAAGCAGACAGUGAGAUACUUCGCAUCGGGGUUACUUAUGUCGGCACGGAUUGGAAGCGCCUUGCUCACGACUUCUUUUACAACAAAAAGGCACCUAACAUCCUUAGUCGUCGAUGGAACCUGAUUAAGAAUAGGUUUCCAAAGAAAUUAAACAAGGCUGUCCAGACUGAUCCAACUGGUCGUCGAAUAGGUUCCAUCUCAUCCGAACAGUCCAAGUCUGUCAGUCGUUGGAGGCCUUGGACAGAAGAUGACAUAAGGAACUUAUACAUAGGGAUCCGCGAAUAUGGAUCUGACUGGCAAAAGAUCGCGGACAAAAUUUUUCGAAAGUCGAGAACUGCUGGUGCUCUCUAUUGCAAAUGGACUUCUCUUGAAAACCCGACUCCUACAAAAAAGGUCAAGUCAAUAACAAAGAAGAAGAUAAGCAAGAAGAACAUGGUAAAGAAGACAGCUGACCGAUCAUUGCUGAAAAAGCCCUCAAUUGUGGAAGAUCUAUGGACGGAUAUGGAACUAGUAAAGUUGAGAGAAGGUUUCCAGAAUUUUAGGGAUGACUGGAAUACUAUUGCCAAAAAAAUCUUUCAAGGAACGCGAUCACCCGAAACUCUGAGCAGUACAUGGAAUGCAUUGCAAACUGACGGUUCUCUGACCGAGCCAUGGACCGAAGAAGAAAUCGAAAAGUUACGCGCUGGUUUCCAGGAAUAUAACACAGACUGGUCUCGCAUCGCAGAAGAGCAUUUUAAUGGUUCGAGGACUCCUGGAGCGCUCAAUCGUUGUUGGGAACUUCUUAGGGAUAAGGGCGUCCUCAAGAACAUGAAGUUGUCAAACGAGAAAACAAGUCCGACUCGUGCUAAUAAAUGGACGGAAGAGGAAGAAAAAUUACUUAUAAAAGCUAGCGAUGAAUGCGAGCAGGACUGGGAGCUGAUUUCACGUAAGAUUUUCCAAUUAAAGCGCACAUCAGAGGCGCUAAAACGCAAAUACUUUAGUCUGAUGAAAUCAAACGCCGCCGACGAAACGUACCACAUACCAUGGAGUUCCGAAGAUCACCAAACACUUCUGGAUGCCGUGGAAAGAUAUGGGAUGGAGUGGGAAUUUAUCUCCAAACGCUUUUUCAAUGGCACUAGAACUGCCCGUACUCUCAGACGAAGAUACAUUGUGAUUAUGCAAAAGACCAGUCCGGAUGCUGGCGAAGUAUGGUCAUUGAAUUUACGAAGUGGUACGAAGCGCUGGUCUUCUGCUGAGACCGAAACACUUCGUAAAGCUUUUGAGAUACAUGGGGAGAAAUGGGAUUAUAUCUCGCGUAAUUGUUUUUCCUCCAAGAGGUCCGCGGACUAUCUCCGCUUGAAGUGGGAAGAAAUAAAGUCCAAGACUUCUGGGAAGCUACCUGGGCCCUCGAGCGGACGCAAAUGUGAAAAGACAAUUGAAACAACGAUCAAAAAACCCAAAAAGAACGAGAAACGUGUUGAAAAUGUACAGCCAUGCCUUCCAGAAACUGCUCAUAUUAGUGGUCGUAGCGGAGAUAAAUGGACGGAAGCUGAAUCUCAAAUACUGCUCAAGGCGGUUACUGAACACGGUCCCGACUGGCAUACUAUUUCGCGCGAAGUAUUUGGGACAAAGAGAUCUAUUUUCGGUUUGAAGGCAAGGUGGAAACGUAUUUGUCAAGAUCAAUCCAAGAACGUGAUUGUGAAGCAGGAAGAUGAAAAAUGUUUUGAUAAGGAACGUAAACUCAGCAAACAAAAAUUACAAGAUAAUCUGCGGUCGACAAUCCGCGGAUAUAACGCGAAGACUCGUUUGAAUCGUCGAGGCGUCAAGCUAGCCAAACGUGUCCGUCGCGUGGGUGAAAAGUGGACUGAGAAAGAGACAGUGAAACUCUGGAAAGCUGUCACAACUCAUGGGUUGAAAUGGAAGCAAAUUGCACGCGAUUACUUUAAUUCUAAACGUCGACCCGCGGCGCUUGAGGGACGUUGGUAUCGCACCAGAUCUCGAAUAAGCCCAUUUGUACCCAUAAUGGCUCAGAAGCUUCCUUCAUGGACUGAAGCUGAAACCGAGUGGCUUCGCACAGGCGUUAGGAAAUUCGGUAAGAAUUGGUCACUUCUUGCGCGAGAAUGUUUUCCAUCCAGAACACCUUCGUCGCUCGAGAAGCGAUGGGCACAUAUCCAUGGAGAUGAUCCUCAGGCGGAGGGAGAAGAUAUCGAGCCGGAUUAUGAUGACGAGGAGCUCCCUGUUGAAUCAACCGUAGAAGCAAAUAGUCUAUCAUGUGACAGUGGAACAGAACUCGAGUUGGAAGAGGAUGAGAUUGAAACUGAGGAAGAAGAUGUCGGAAUGGCGAGUCUUCCAUUAGGAAUCGAGCAAAGAAACCUGCUCCCUGACAGUUGUCAGCAAAGAAAUUGA